GUGCGCAUGACGUAUGACGCCAUCUUAUACACCACAUGACCUCGUUGCCGUGUCCCGUGACCAGCUCACGUGAAUUUCGACAAAUUCAAACGUUUUUUUUUUUCGACGCUGAGGAAUGGACAUUUUGGAACAGCAGCUCGAGCAACAGGAUGUCAGCGUGAAGGAUGACGGCGGUGACGCUACAGGGAUCGUUAUAGAGGAGGCGGAAAUUGUGGAUUGCGAAGGUGAACCUGUCGGAGAGGAUGAGAUGCGUUAUCCAGAAGCUUUAGCGUACCGAGUUGUCCAGGUGAAUGGUACAGCGGCAAUACAGUCGGCCAAUGAGAUAGAACUUCCUGUGUCCCAACAGGGAAAUAAUACUGUACAGGUUCUAACUUCACCACUGAAUGGCCAGUUUUAUGUCAUUGGGAAUGCCAAUGAUGUUUUUACUACAACUCAGGCAUCGAGAUCUUUGGUGCCAAGAACAGCCACGUUGCAGAUAGAAACCCCAAGGAAUUGCACCACUAGUUUGAAAAAGAGAGAUGACAGGCGAAGGGCAACGCACAAUGAAGUCGAGCGCCGCCGUAGAGAUAAAAUAAAUAAUUGGAUUACAAAGUUGGGCAAGAUCAUCCCUGAUUGCAAUACCGGAACUAAUACCACUGGCGGCAAUAGUAGUGGAGAAGGAAAAACCAACUACGAAACUCAGAGUAAAGGAGGCAUCUUGGCGAGAGCCUGCGAUUAUAUAACUGAAUUGCGUACAGCUAAUCAAACCCUGGGUCAAUGCUUGCGAGAUAAUGAAAAACUACGACAAGAGAUUACGGCGCUGAAACUAUUAGUUAAUCAAUUAAAACGUGAAAAUCUCCAACUUAGAUCGCAGGCAUCGUCUUCAUCAUCAACCGGCAGUACCGAUGUUAUACAUUUGAGUCCUUAAAGCUUCUUUCGUGAGUGGUUCUUUCUGUAAAUAUUAAAAUCUAUGAAUUGUCAAGGAAAUCUAAUGUUUUGUUUUUCUUCUCUGGCUAUUAUCGGUUUUAACAAAAUUUAAGAUAUGUUAAUUUCAAAAAUCAAGUCGAGUACUUCUAAUGGCAUAGUCAUAACUACACACAUUUAUAAUUGGUAUCAACAUUCUAUAUUUUCAUAUAACUGAAUUUAUUAAUUUCAAAUAUUAAUUUUUACUUAGCAAAUAAAAGAUAUAACAAUGAUAGCAAAUAAAAGAAUUUUAAUUUUCAGUUUUUUAUAAUAGAGAAUACUAUUUUUUUUAAAGAGUAUAGAUGAAAAUUCCAUAUAAAUACAGAAUUAUAUGUACAAUAUGUAUUAUAAACUUAUAAAAAAAAAGUUCUUAGGGAUUGAUUCUUCAUAUCAAUCACAAAAUUUUAUAAUUAUUCUGUAUAGUUUUAUAUAUAAUUGUUAUAUAUACUAAAAGAUCUUUUCAAUUUUUUAGACAUAUUUGAAAAUAUAUUUCUAUUGUCUAAUAAUGAACGAGAUAAAAUAAAAAAUACUGUAAUAUCAAUAAUAGCUGUGUAGUUAUGACUGUAUAAAACCUGAGCAUCAUAUAGAUAUAACGACUGUGCUCCAAAUUCACGUACUGAAAAUCUAUAGUCUUAUAUUACAUAUACUAUAGAUUUUUAGUACUGGCAGUGAAUUUUGGAACCCAGCCAACACGUCAAUGUAACUGGCAUAUGUUGAAACAUGGCUGUGAGUCUCAAAACAUUGACAUUUUUUGACAGUGCAGUCGAAGUUUAUUCUGAGGAAGGAAGCAAUUUUUGUUCAUAUUAAGAGUGUAGAUGACAAACGCAUAUAGGAACUGCGCAGAGUUCGUUGAAUAUUUUUUAUUUUUAAUACUGUUUUCAUAAUAUUAAUAGAGAAUAGAGUAUUUGAUAGGAUGAGUUAGGAUUUAAACUGUAAAAUAUGAUCAAUUAUACACAUAUGGACGUAUAUGUAUUUGCACAUGUAUGUGUACAGAUAGAGUACAUGAAACUUAAAGCGACAUACAUGUGGUAAUAACAUAUUUUUGUCAAUAUAAGACAUUUUGAGGAAAAAAGUCAAAAUUUUAAAUCCAUCAAACGUUAGACAUCGGAAUGUAAUAUACCGUUGAUGUAUAUACCGUGAGGUUAUUGUUACAUAAAUAAUUAAAACAAGAUCUAUUAA